AUGGCGACCCUUGGUGAUAUUGGGGUGUCGGCUUUAAUCAACAUACUGAGUGCUUUUGCGUUCUUGCUUGCAUUUGCGCUGCUGAGGAUUCAGCCAAUCAAUGACAGAGUUUAUUUUCCUAAAUGGUAUUUGGCUGGAAAAAGGAGCAGCCCUAGGGACAGUGGUGGUGGUGGUGGUGGUUUGGUGGGCAAAUUUGUGAAUUUGAAUUUCAGGACUUAUUUGAGUUUUCUCAACUGGAUGCCUCAGGCUUUGAAGAUGAGCGAGCCUGAGAUUAUUGGUCAUGCUGGGCUUGAUUCUGCAGUUUUCUUGAGGAUUUACAUACUUGGAUUAAAAAUAUUUCUACCAAUCACCGUUGCAGCCUUCAUUGUUCUGAUUCCGGUAAAUUUUUCUGGUGGCACAUUAUUUUUCUUGCGGCGUGACUUGGUCGUCAGCAACAUUGACAAACUCUCGAUAUCAAACGUUCACUCCAAGUCAUACAAGUUUUUUGUCCACAUAUCAAUGGAGUACUUGUUCACAUUCUGGGCGUGUUACAUGCUUUUUAAGGAAUAUGAUAGAGUUGCAUCAAUGAGACUGAAUUUUUUGGCUUCACAAGGCAGACGUCCCGAACAAUUCACGGUUCUCGUUAGGAAUGUGCCACGUAAUUCAGGACACUCAGUAUCAGAUAGUGUCGAGAGCUUCUUUCAGAAAAACCAUCCAGAACACUAUCUGUGCCACCAGCCUGUAUACAAAGCUAAAAAGUUCGCCAAACUGGUUAGAAAAAGAGAAAAGCUCCAAAAUUGGCUGGAUUACAACCAGCUUAAGUUCGAGAGGAAUCCAAACAAAAAGCCCACAAGAAAGAAAGGAUUUCUUGGACUGUGGGGUGAAAGAGUUGAUUCGAUUGACUUCUACGAAGAGCAGAUUAAAGACAUUGAUAAAAGGUUGACAAUGGAACGGGAAAAAGCCAUGAAAGACCCGAAAUCCAUCAUGCCAGCUGCCUUUGUCUCAUUCGACUCGAGAUGGGGAGCCGCUGUCUGUGCUCAGACACAACAGAGCAAAAAUCCCACGCUUUGGCUCACAAAUUGGGCACCAGAGCCUCGUGACGUGUACUGGAAAAAUCUCUCGAUACCUUUUGUCUCGCUCAGCAUUCGGAAGCUCGUGAUAUCAGUAUUAAUGUUUCUAUUGGUCUUCUUUUACAUGAUACCUAUUGCUUUUGUUCAAUCUUUGGCAAAUCUUGAAGGAUUAGGAAAGGUGGCUCCUUUUCUCAGACCUCUUAUUGAAUGGAAGGUUGUGAAGUCGUUAUUGCAGGGUUUUCUUCCGGGUCUGGCACUCAAAAUCUUUUUGUUUGUUCUUCCUUCUAUUUUAAUGAUCAUGUCGAAAAUCGAGGGGCACGUGGCAAGAUCAGUUUUAGAACAGAAAACAGCUGCCAAAUAUUACUAUUUCAUGCUAGUGAACGUUUUCUUAGGGAGCAUAGCUGCCGGAACAGCUUUCCAGCAACUUCAUGCUUUUCUUCACCAAUCUGCUACACAGAUUCCAAGGAACAUUGGUGUAUCGAUACCAAUGAAAGCAACAUUUUUCAUCACGUACAUAAUGAUUGACGGGUGGGCUGGUAUAGCUAGCGAAAUUUUGCGAUUGAAACCUUUGGUGAUUUUCCACUUGAAGAACAUGUUCAUAGUUAAAACCGAACGGGAUUUGGAGAGAGCAAUGGACCCCAAGAGUGUCGAUUAUCCCGAAACUCUACCUUCCCUUCAGUUGUAUUUCCUUCUUGGCUUGGUGUAUAUGGCUGUUACACCGAUUCUUCUCCCUUUUAUAUUGGUCUUCUUCGCAUUUGCCUACAUUGUGUAUCGUCAUCAGAUCAUUAAUGUGUAUAACCAGAAAUACGAAAGUGCCGGGGCCUUUUGGCCGCAUGAAGCCAUGAGUAAAGACAUGCAAGAUCGAGCUUCCGAAUACGAGACAGCCAACUUCAAAUCUUACUUGGCAGAUGCAUAUUUGCACCCGAUUUUCCACUCCUUUGAAGGAACCAACUUAUAUGAUAUUCGGGUGGAUAAAAAUCGAGCUGAUAAUUCUAAUCCUUUGCCAAACGCGUAUCGUCAUCAUAAAGACGAGACAUCGUAUCGAAACAUGCAUGAUGUUGAAUCUCAGCAAAACUUCUAG